AGGCCGUGGUCCUGAAAGCUCCACUCCAGGAACUAACCAGGGAUAGGAGGUACUGAAGACCGAUUAAACCAGCUGCAAAGAGAACAUCAGCCCAAAGCCUUCCUGGAGGAGCACACAGAGCUCCAAGGAAGGAGUAAAAUAAAUAGCAGCCAGAGAAACCAGACCUGGUGGCAUUUCUAAGAGGCAGUGGCCGGAUUUAACAUGGAUCGCUAAAAGCACCUCAUUUUCCUAUGACCUGGACGGUCAGGGGAACUUGGCUUCUCUAGGUCUCCUCCGGAGGGACACAGAUUCGCAGAGUUCACGCCAGGGACUGCCACUGCCAGAGAACCUAGAAAUGGCAAAAGCGUAUGUGAAACCCAAGGAGAUGACAGAGUUGGUCAACACGCCAUCCUGGAUGGACAAAAGUCUGAGUUCUCAGAAUGAGAUGAAGGAGGAGGAGAGAAAACCAACUGCUUAUGGGAUGCUUGGCAGCUUAGCUGAAGAGCAUGACAGUAUUGAGGAAGAAGAAGAGGAGGAAGAGGAUGGGGAGAAACCUAAGAGAAGGGGUCCCAAGAAAAAGAAGAUGACAAAAGCUCGCCUGGAGAGGUUCAGGGCUCGAAGAGUUAAGGCCAAUGCUAGAGAACGGACCCGGAUGCAUGGCCUGAAUGAUGCCCUGGACAACCUGAGGAGAGUCAUGCCCUGUUACUCUAAAACCCAAAAGCUCUCUAAGAUAGAGACUCUUAGACUGGCCAGGAACUAUAUUUGGGCUUUGUCUGAGGUCCUGGAAACUGGCCAGACACCUGAAGGGAAGAGUUUUGUGGAGAUGCUCUGUAAAGGGCUCUCUCAGCCCACUAGCAAUUUGGUGGCUGGAUGCCUCCAACUGGGCCCACAGUCUGCCCUCCUGGAGAACCAUGAGGAGAAGUCUGCUGUUUGUGACUCUGCCAUCUCUGUCCACAACUUCAACUAUCAGUCUCCUGGGCUCCCCAGCCCUCCUUAUGGCCAUAUGGAAACACAUCUUAUUAAUCUGAAACCCCCAAUAUUCAAGACUUUGGGAGAAUCAUCCUUUGGGAAUCAUCCACCAGACUGCACUACACCGCCUUAUGAGGGCCCACUUACUCCACCCCUGAGCAUCAGUGGGAACUUCUCCUUGAAACAAGAUGGCUCUCCUGACCUGGAUAAAUCCUAUAGCUUCAUGCCACAUUACCCCUCUGCAAGUCUAAGCUCAGGGCAUGUGCAUUCAACUUCCUUUCAAGCUGGUACCGCUCGCUAUGAUGUUCCCAUAGAUAUGUCCUAUGAUUCCUACUCCCACCAUGGCAUUGGGGCUCAACUCAAUACAAUCUUCACUGAUUAGAGCAGUAAGAUCAGCAUUCAGGAUGAUGUGGAGAUGCUUUCCAUAAUUCAAGUGGUUGAGCUGAAGAUUUAAUGACCUUCAAGGAACCCCAUAGAUAUAUAUCAAAUACAUUAGUCCCGGUCCAUUUAGGCCCUCCUACACCUGGCACUCUCUUUUCUCAUCAACUUCUCAAAUCGUAUUGAUUCCUUUAUUUAGGGUCUUCAUGUGAAGUUAUUUCAUGUUUACAAUAAUGUGGAAAUAGGUCCUAUUCUUGUGUUGCCAAUAACUUAUUGAAUGACCUAUGCCAGUUAAUUUUCCAUUUCUGGCCUCUAUUCACUUACUGGUAAAAUCAAGCAGUUGUUCUCAGUCUAGAUGAUUUCUAAAGUCCUUCAUAGUUCUGAAAGUCUGUAACUUUGGUGACUGAAAUUCUAUAAACUUCUUGAAACUGAAAGGAUGGAGGACUAGUAGGAGAUGGACACUAUGUGUCGAUGGUCGAAUGGACUUGCCAAAGGAGCACCAGGUGCGUGACUCCUGGGGACCAAAUGUUGGGACUUUUCUGUGUCUAUCUAAAGAUAGCCUCCAGAGGCUAAAAUUCUAAGUCGGCUGUCGCUGUCAAUAGCAAAACAUGUUCUUUGAGAGAUUAACUAUUUCUUGUUGGGCUGAAAGCUGAACAUAACUUCCUUAGUAAUUUGAGAACCAUAAUUGAUAUCUUAUAUCAACUUGAUUCUUGACAACAUUUCAAAAGCACUUUUAUUAGGACUGGAGAUGGGGUAAUAAAGUCACUGAAACCUCAGACUCCUGUGACCAAUGGGACUUAGAGAACCAUCUAGACCAUUUCGUGGCCUCCUUAACCGGAGGGCUCUGGAAAUUCUGAUGAAGCUCAGGUGCUAUUAUUGGAAUCAGCAAACAACCUAGGUCACAUUCAAGAGCAAUGUAAUGAAAUGGCUGUUGGCUAAAUUAACUAUGGCUAUAUCUUAGCUUGGAGACUCCCUCUAGCUCACACCUGCCCAUAGGUAAGUCGGGAUUUACCUUCUAGAUUUCCUUUGAAAAGCUGAAUUUUUUUUUGGUUAAAGAAAACGUGUUUAAAAUCACUGACCUCUGUCCACACCAAUACCAUAUUUUCUAGAAGCACGAGCACCAAUCAAUUUAUUGGCUGAACUUAAUUUUUCCAACACAUAUAUAAUUCUGUCUCCUUCUCCACUAAUUGUUACCUCUUUCUCACUUGUAAAAUAUACUUUAAUUGUAGAUAAUAUUUUGAGUAACCAGACAGCAAUGCAGAUAUCAGAACCAGGGCCAGUGAAUGAUUUUACCAAUCUCUAUCUUCAUCACAAGUUUAUCCUGAUUCACAGGAUGUUUAUUUUUCAUCAUGUAACUCCCCUCCUUCCUUAAUAGCAGCACCAGUUUUGUCAAAUGUAUCUUUUUUCCAGAGAAAUGUUACCUUCCUGGCCAAUCUGCCAGGACAAUUAUUUAAAACAAACUAAAAGCCUAAAUGGUUUAUGUGAUAGUGGAUCACAUCCUGCUCCUGCCAAAGAGGAUAAUUUUAGGAUGCACAGUACACAAAUAGGGACAAUGAAUAAAAGUGCUAAGGCAGACAGAUGAGUAAGUCAUUUUCUACAGCUUAGCUAUUGCUUAGAACCUUCCAAACUAUCUGUGCAUUUUUCCUUUUUUACCCUCUUAUUUACACCUCCUUGAAAUCUAAGUUAUUUUCUUUCCAUUUUGCUUACAGCACCAACCCUGCUGUGUUUUUUUACCCUUGAUUGUAAACCCUCUGGGAAGCAUCCAAAGCCAUCCUACAUGUUUUGAGUCUGUGCUGACACUUUCCUUUGUGAGAGGAGGUUGGGGGGAUCUAUCCUUGAAGCUAGCAUUUUUCUGGUGUUUAGGUUUGUAGAUAAUAAAUGUUGUCUGAGUUAUAUAUUAGAUAUUAUUUAUUUAAUUUAUUUUCCCCUUCCUUUAAUGCAAAUUCCUUAGAUUUCAUAUAUGUGCUUGUAAAACCUCCUUAAAGCUUCAUUUGGAAAGUAGCUCCUAAUUUUUCUGGGGAUCCUGAGUUGGGAUGAGAAAAUAGGAGGAAGUUAGUGCAAAAUUCCCUGCAGUGAUUUUAUAAAAAUCAGCAAUAAUUUGAAUGGCUAUGCAAGUUAAUAUUUUUAAUUUUUUUUGUCAUCCUAAAACAAGCCAGUUAUUUUUGAAGAAUUGGCUCUUUAUGCUUUUGGGGAAUAUGGUUCCCAUGAACCAAGAGUUGCUGGGAUUAUUCAGAAGGACUUUAUAACUGAAUGAACAUUUGGGAAUGUAGGAUGGUUGAAAAGAGCCUACUUUCCAAUCCAGGGUGGCUUCAUUCUUCUAGGGACUUUAUUAGAUAAAGCAAAACAAUUGUUUAAACUUUUUGUAAAAAAAAAGGAGAC